UUACGGUGGAACAGACUAGUGACACCACGGAGGAUGGCGAAAGUCAGAGCUUCCAAGAACCGGAAGUGAUGCAAUGAGGAGGAGUUAAAGGGCCGCCGGGUUUCAUUUUUCUUGGCAGCGCUGGUGCAAGGUUUUGCUAAGAUGGAAAUCACCAGGAACAAUUUUAAGGAUAAUUUGCCAAAAGUUUAUAAAGCAAUUGAAGAGGCAGACUUCUUGGCUAUUGAUGGUGAAUUUUCAGGGAUAAGUGAUGGCCCGUCUGUUAGCACUUUAACAAAUGGCUUUGAUACGCCAGAGGAAAGAUAUACAAAACUGAAAAAGCACUCUAUGGAGUUUUUACUUUUUCAGUUUGGCCUUUGCACUUUUAACUACGAUAACACAGAAGAAAAGUACUUGAUAAAAUCCUUUAACUUUUAUAUCUUUCCAAAGCCAUUCAACAGAAAUUCCCCAGACAAGAAAUUUGUUUGUCAGAGCUCAAGUAUAGACUUUCUGGCUAACCAGGGUUUUGAUUUUAAUAAAGUUUUUCGCAAUGGCGUUCCAUAUCUGAACCAGGAGGAGGAAAAGUUGCUGAGAGAUCAGUAUGAAGAGAGACGUUCUCAGUCAAAUGGAGCAAGCACAAUGUCAUAUGUGUCUCCAAAUGCCUCAAAGACUCCUGUGAGCAUCCCAGAUGAGCAGAAGGGUUUUAUUGACAAAGUGGUUGAGCGGGUUGAGGAUUUUUUAAAGAAUGAUCAGAAAAGCAUGAAUGUGGAGCCUUGCACUGGAUAUCAGAGGAAGCUAAUUUACCAGACGUUGAACUGGAAGUAUCCACGAGGCAUUCAUGUAGAGACCGUGGAAUCAGAAAAGAAGGAGAGGUACAUUGUCAUCAGUAAAGUUGAUGAAGAAGAGCGAAAACGAAUGGAGCAGCAAAAACAAGCAAAAGAACGGGAGGAACUAGAUGAUGCAGUGGGGUUUUCCCGAAUCAUCCAAGCAAUCUCAUCCUCGGCUAAACUUGUAGUUGGACACAACAUGCUGUUGGAUAUUAUGCACACCAUACAUCAGUUUUUCUGUCAGCUGCCUGAUGAGUUAAAUGAAUUUAAGGAGGUGACAAACUGUGUUUUUCCAAGAGUCUUGGAUACUAAACUUAUGGCCAGCACAAAUCCAUUUAAGGAAAUUAUUUAUAACACAUCCCUUGCCGAACUGGAAAAGAGAUUAAAAGAGGCUCCUUUCAAACCUCCUAAAGUUGACAGCGCUGAGGGGUUUCCAAGUUAUAACACUGCAUCGGAGCAACUUCAUGAAGCCGGAUAUGAUGCCUACAUCACAGGACUGUGCUUUAUUUCUAUGGCAAACUAUCUAGGUUCAUUUCUAAGUCCACCCAAAGGUUAUGUAUCGUCUCAAUCAAAAAUUAUUCGACCAUUUUUUAACAAGCUGUUUUUGAUGAGAAUUAUGGACAUACCUUAUCUCAAUUUAGAAGGACCAGACUUGCAGCCUAAAAGGGACAAUGUACUUCAUGUUGCAUUUCCAAAAGAAUGGAAGACCAGUGACCUCUACCAACUAUUCAGUGCCUUUGGUAAUAUUCAGGUGUCCUGGAUAGAUGAUACAUCUGCAUUUGUGUCUCUAAGCCAACCUGAACAGGUGCAAAUAGCUGUAAACACCAGCAAGUAUGCAGAAAGCUAUCGUAUCCAGACCUAUGCAGAUUAUAUUGAGAAGAAAAAUGAAGAAAAUCAAACAAAAAGAAAAUGGGCAGAAGAUGGGUGGAAAGACUUGGAGAGGAAGAGAUUGAAACCCCAGUAUAAUUCUUACAUUCCACAGAACCAAAUUUUUUACGGUAACUGUUUUGUUGCUCCAAGUUUUGCAGUGAAAAGAAGUAUGAGCCCCAUCCAAGAGGAGACAACAGCCUCUGAAGAUACUGAAGUUCAUACUCGUGAAAAUGAUCCUUCCAACCCUGGUGCUACAGAGCAGGGGAAGAAACCCAAGAAUCACAAGAGACAAAAAAUAGACUCUACCCCUCCAGAAACCAGUGACAGUGGCUCUUCUGGCCUUUUUGAAGUUCCAGAUACUUGGUAGCGCCGAUGAUGACUAGAGGCCUUCAAGGUUUUGGAAGCCAAACAUCUUUAGAUAAUGCUGUGCAGCUUGUGCAUUGGUUGCUUCCCAGCUUACUACUCUCUUGACUUACAAGAAGCACAACUGACGGACUGUUGUGAAGUCUACUUUGUAAAUGACUGCCCCUAAUAUAUAUGGAGAUGUAUUUCGUAACGUUUGGAGUUCAGUAAAGAAUUAUUCCUGUACAGUUUUGUAUUGUAACAGCAAAUUGUGGCCAGUUUUGUAGUUUUGACCUUUGAUUUUCAGCAGCGCAUCUGUUAAUUUCAUUCUCACACGAGGCCAAACUGAUUCGUUUGUGGCUACCGCCACAAACGAAUUACUACCCAUGCCCCAUAUUCAAUAUUUGUUUAAAACCUCAAGCAGCCAGUGCUGUGGCGAGCUCGAAUUAAUAACCUUAACCUAUAAUUAAUUUUGGCAUUCUGAACAAAAAGUUAUCUCCUAAUUUAUUUCUCGCUACGGCUGUUGCUCUGUUUACAUAUUAAUCACCCUUAAGAAUGAUUGUACAGAUCCCCACUAUGUAAGUCUUAUCUCCUAUUGAGGCAUUGCACAGGCUGUACUGCAUGCUUGAGAGAUCUUAAUGUGAAAUAUUUUACUGGUCAGUAAUUCUGAAUACGUGUAUCUCAAGUGUUCCUGGUGCUUUACAUGUUAUUGUGCCAGGGCUUCACUAAGUAUCUAAGUGUUGAAGAACGAAAAACAAACUCAAGCCACAAAAAUCUCAAAUCUGUUCAAUUUGUAGUAGUUCUCAAUCCAGUAGACCACUAGUCUUCGAUGCUUUGUACAACUUCGGUUUUCCAUGAUCCGUGGAUGCUUUGUGGCAGCGUUUGUUUGAAGGAUCUUUGUAUAAAAUUAUGAUGCUGGAUUACCCUGAAAAAAAUAUAUCAAAUCCAUAUAUUGCCUAUACAGAUUUCCUGGGAAAAUAUUUUAACUGUAUAUGUAAAAGUGUCAUUUUGUUUUACUGUCAUUUAUAUAUGUAUUAAAUGGUUUGCAAUAUGUUGAGACAAAUAUAAAAAUAUUUUGAAUCCAGUCUAUAUAUUUGCAAAUGGUUUGGCCACCUGAUCUCACAUUAUUUCUACACUUGGACCUCACUUUUUCCAUCAAGUUAAAUUUAAGGGAUUUAUGUUGCUCGUGUUAGAGCUGGCAAGAAAUGUGUUUGCCAUGUGGCAAAUCUCACUUAAGUUUUCAUUUAUUAUUAGUCGUGACUGUC